CACCGCAAGCAGGAGCAGCUCGUCACAUCAUUCGACCGUGCGCGCAGCUCUGGCCUACACACGCAGCCUCCUGUGUCCACCGAAGCCUCGCUUUACUUCCCUUCCGGACAUGACUCUCGAUUAAAUCCACUCUUAGUGAGAGGUGAGACGACCAUGUCGGACGAAAAUGAGACGCAGAGUGAGCUGGACAGCUGCGUAUGGCAGAACGCGAGCGCCAACAGCAAUGGCACGAAUGGACAUUGUCUGGAGCACGCACCUGUCUUCACGAGCGCUUCUGCCGUCCGAGCGGCUGUCUUGGCCGUACUGGCCAUCUCCUCGCUGCUCGCCAACGUCGCCACCAUCGUCAGUAUCCAUAAACACCGCAAGCACCGUGUCAGCUCCGUCUACAGGUUGAUCCUACACCUGUCGAUCGCCGACCUGCUGGUGACCGUGUUUUGCCUGGGUGGCGAAGCGAUCUGGACAUACACAGUGCAGUGGUACGCGGGCAACGCCAUGUGCAAGGUGUACAAGUUCAUGCAGAUGGUCGGCCUCUACCUAUCCACCUUUGUACUCGUGUUGAUCGGCGUGGACAGAUUUAUCGCCGUGCGCUACCCCAUGAACUGCCUCACCACCAAGAGCUGCAACCGCUACGUCGCCUGCGCCUGGUUCUUAAGCGCUGCCUGCAGUCUUCCCCAGAUGCUGAUCUUCAACGUGGUGAAGGGUCCGUUCGUUGAGGAGUUCUACCAGUGCGUCACCCACGGGACGUACACCAAGAAGUGGCAGGAGCAGACCUAUACCAUGAUGAGUUUCGUGCUCAUGUUCGUGUUGCCGCUGUCGGUGCUCGUGUGCACCUACUUCAGCACAGUCUUCACCAUUGCACGAAGCGAGCGGCUGUUUAAGGCUGAAAUUGAGACGAGUGGCAACAACGGGCGCUUCACGGCGGCGCCGGACCUCAACCGGCGCCGCCUCAUGCAGCGGGCUAAAAUGAAGUCGCUACGCAUCUCCAUCGUAAUCCUGGCCGCUUUCGUCCUUUGGUGGACACCCUACUACGUCCGCAUGAUCUACUACAUGUUCAACGACUCCGACAACCAGUCGGAUAUCCUGAGCCAGGGUAUAUUUUUCUUCGGCAUGUCCAACAGUCUGGUCAACCCUCUGAUUUACGGCGCCUUCCACUUGUGGCGCCCGCGACCAAGGGCCAACAGCUACAGAUCAGCCGGCUUCAACAGGGACGGAUCGACGCGUCGCAGCUGCUCAGCGACGCACGUGAGCUUGCGGCGCUGCAACUCGCGCAGCACACGUGUGACGCUGGGCCGUGGCGGCCUGGAUGGCAGCCCAACGGGCCCCCCUGCGGCGCUGAACGGCUGCGGGGGUAGCGGAGGUUCCGAGCCGGCCACUGAGACAGCGCUCGUGUCACUCGACUGCGGCGCCAGCAUCGAGGCGCGCCUCCUUGAGCCCGACGAUGAGAUUCUCGGCGCCGCCAAGCUCCUCGGCACCGAUAACGGCACUGACAUCAUCCUCAGGUACUCGGCCGACAAGGCCGUACGCGUCGUUCAGACCCGGAUCUAAAUUUACUUUCUUUAUUCCGAUUUGUUUAAUUUUAAUUGAGGUGGCUGCGACUGAAAUGAGAGUGGAGAGACAGGAAUAAACGCCGGAUAAUCUUUCUCUUGCGAUUUCUCACCCAAAGACUGGUUUGAUAUUAUUUCAAUCAUGUAAGAGUUAAGAAAAUUAAAAUUUUACUCUUCAUUCAAAAUAACCUUAAUAGGCUUACAUAGAGUUAAACGCAUUUUAUUUUUUAACAUUGCCUCCCGUAUUAAAAAUAUUUCCUUUAAUAAAGUUGAGAAAUACUCAAGUCUUUCCUAUAGCAACCAUAUAACCGUUGUAAAUGGUGUGUGGUACCUUUGUUGUGAAUCAACGCACACGCAGGACGGAAUUUCCGUGAAAUUAAGAAAACCGUACUGCGUGUUGGCGUGAAAUACCGUCAGUUUCCACGGUGCAAAUGACCUUGAGGGUUGGGGUACGUUUGCAUUGGCCAUUUUCCCCGAACGGCUCUCUUUUCUCUCGAUUCCUUUCCACUCUCUUGGUUUCGGACGCAGCAAUUCUUUCUGUCUCGCCUCACUCCUCUCGGCCAUGCAAAAUUUAUUCGUCUAAUGGCUCUGAACCCUGCCCUCUCACGCUCAUUCCCAAAGAAAGAAAAAGCCUACAUUCCGUUGUGAGACGAGUGUGUUGUGUAGUGGACUGCAAACAGGGACGCUCUAGGAAAUUAAUUCACUCAGUGUCUAAAGCUUUUGGUUCACGGUUUUUUCACAAUAUAUUUUCGGACGAGAAAAUGAAAGAAAGUAAAUCAUAUAUUGACGCCUGCAGCGAUGCAGCAAAAAUUUAAACCCGAGGUUCACGAUUAAAUUAAGAUGUAUCAUCUCAGGUGUGAGAUUUUGUGUACAAGGCUCAAAUUUAUCAGUUAAGUUCCUUGGGAGAAACGUGUAAUAUUUAAGGUGUAAAUAACAUUAAUGAUCUCCUCGUUCGUUGUCUCAUUCAAAGGUGUUAAUCAAAACUAGCUUUGUUACUUGUAUGUGUUCAAAGCCGGGAUUUUUCCAUGUUGGAUCGUAAAAGCGAGCUUGAGAAUAUGGUGCCAUCUAGAGGUUGGUUUCAAAUCAAAAUGCGAAAUCUUAUUACGGUUACUUGAUUAUAUAUAUCUAUAUCGAUGGUCUCUGGUGAACUUUUUGAUUUUUGUGAUUUUCAAUUGUUCUUGAAAGAAUAUAUAAAAUGUGUUCCUAAAAUGUACAACCUGAAUUGUUUACAUACUAUAUAAUCUCUUGACGUGGAAGCAUAUAUUAUGUCAAACAGUCUACAAAUAUGCAUACCAAGUUCCAAACGCAAUUAUGUGGUAACACGUUUUUCCAUGGUUCGUGGAAUUAUUGUUAUUUGAUGGUGUUAUCAAAGUUAACAAUUGUGAAAAAAGAAUCUAUAUUAUCUGCCGGUCGAAAACCUUGAAAAAGUGUAUAUAUAUUUCAUCGAAAUAAAAGAACAAAAAGGA